CAGAGACUGGGAGAUGUGUCGAAAAUAGUUCGGAUUCCUCUGCCUGUGUCCAAUGUCUUAUGGGAGCACUGCAUCCGUCUGGCCAACAGGACAUUAGUGGAGGGCUAUGCAAAUGUGAAGAAAUGCAGUAAUGAAGGACGUGCGCUGAUGCAGCUGGACUUCCAGCAGUUCCUGAUGAAGCUGGAGAAGCUCACCGACCUCAGACCAAUUCCAGACAAGGAGUUCGUAGAGACCUACAUCAAGGCAUACUACCUUACUGAGAAUGACAUGGAGCAGUUCAUCAAGAACCACAGGGAGUACUCUAUGAAGCAGCUGACUAACCUGGUCAACGUCUGCCUCGGGUCCCAUAUCAACAAGAAAGCGCGACAGAAACUCCUCGCAGCUAUUGAUGACAUUGACCGGCCGAAAAGAUAAAUAAAUGUCACCAAACUCCACACAAAACACACACACACACACACACCUUCACUGUUACUUGGCCAGUAUCUAUUAUCAUGCACGACCUGCAUUUUUUUAACCAUGUAAACGUUUGCAGUUUCUGUUUACAUUUUAUUACGAAUGUAAGCAGGACGUGCUCUGACUAUGUUUAAAGCGGUCAUUUGAAUGGAUAAUGGAUAAUGAAGGCGUUAUUAGUAUCACUUGAAUCACAACACAAAUGAAUGACUCAUGCGCUAUCAUAAAC